UCACCGCGCACAGCGCACCGCGUGACGUCACGGCCGCCGUCGCUAUGGCCGCCCGCAGGGCGCUGCACUUCGUGUUCAAAGUGGGGGACAGGGCCCGCACGGCGCGGUUCUACCGCGAGCUGCUGGGCAUGAGGGUGCUGCGGCACGAGGAGUUCGAGGAGGGCUGCAAGGCCUCCUGCAAUGGCCCUUAUGAUGGAAAAUGGAGCAAGACCAUGGUGGGCUUUGGACCAGAGGACAAUCACUUUGUGGCAGAGCUGACUUACAAUUAUGGCAUUGGGGAAUAUCGCCUGGGCAACGACUUCCUGGGCAUCACUCUGGUGUCCAGCCAGGCUGUGAGCAAUGCCAGGAAGAUGGGGUGGCCUCUCAAAGAAGUCAGCUCUGGUGUCUUUGAAACUGAAGCCCCAGGAGGAUACAAGUUCUACCUGGAAGACAAGGAACAGCUCAGACAUGAUCCUGUGUGGAAGGUCACCCUGGGUGUCUCAGACCUGCAGAAGUCUGUCAGCUACUGGUCUGGUUUGCUUGGGAUGAAAAUAUACGAGAAGGAUGAGGGGAAACAAAGGGCUUUGCUGGGCUAUGCUGAUAACCAGUGCAAGCUGGAGCUGAAGGCAGUUGGAGGGGCAGUGGAUCACGGGACAGCGUUUGGGCGCAUCGCCUUCUCCUGUGCCAAGGAUGAGCUGCCAAGCAUUGAAGCCCUGAUGAAAAAGGAGAAUCAGAAAAUUUUGACACCUCUGGUCAGCUUGGACACGCCUGGCAAAGCCACGGUGCAAGUGGUUAUUCUGGCUGAUCCUGUGAGUGAAACAAUGAUUAAACUGGGUUUGAAUUUCUCCUUUCCACUGGUUAUAACUGAGCUGCUUCCUUUUAGGAUGGCCAUGAAAUCUGUUUUGUGGGAGAUGAAGCGUUCAGAGAGCUGUCCAAGGUGGACCCUAAUGGUGACAAGUUGUUGGAUGAUGCCAUGGCUGCAGACAACAGUGACAAGUGGUUUGCUGAGCACAACAGGAAGAAGGUUUCAGCUUAGCUGGAGGAAUGGACUGGGCUGCUCCUCUGUGCCUUGGAGUUCUCCCAAGAAAAUGCCAAUCCUGGCUGAAGUGCUGCCUUCCCAAUCAGAGGGUGCUGGGAUGUCCUGUGGUUGUUUUUUUUGGGUUGAUUUAAGGUGAUGUCUCUGGCCUGCUGCUCUCUCCCUUCCAGCAAAUCACGUCUUCCAAAAAUGGGGCUGGGCAGCAAAGGAGCAGCUGAGCCCUUGGCUUCCAAAACAGGGAUCAGCAGUAGGAAAACCUCACAUUUCUGUGUUGUUGUUAUACUUGAAAGAAAGGUGAAUAGAUACUUUAUUUUCUGAUUAAUUAAUUUUCUGAUCAAAUUGCUUUAGCUGUCCUUUAUUUACAGGCUAGAGAGAGAUGGUGAGGUGGCUGCUCCCCCUCUCCUGUGAGGUGUGGGGAGCUGGAGCAGGGAAUUCAUCCCUUUAUUGGGAACAAAGAAAUGAUCUUGCCAAACCAUGUGAAUGCUCCAGUCCUUGUUUCCAUUCCAAGGUGUUCCCCAGCUUUCAAGGUGAAAUGUUCACUCCAGAAGCCCGUGGUGUGUUGCUCAAUGGGAUCCUGGUGGGGAUGGGGUGGUUCCCCCCACUUCUCAAAGAGAUUUCCACGUUCCAGGAGGGAGCUGAGGCUGUGCUUUGAGGUUUGUAGCUGCACUGUCUGCUGAGGUGCCAGGGGGCAGCUUGAAAUAAUUUUGCAAUUAGCUUUUGGUGAGACACUGCCUUUGGAAAUAACAGUUCAGGGUUUAUUCUGUUGGAAUGAAGUCACUGCUGGUGGAAUAAAAGCUGGGAAUACAGGGAGUCAUUCCUGGCAUUUUUUGUGCCAAGUAUAGUGCCUGACUUGUCAUUUUCUUGAUGAAAACCUGAAAUAAAAUACCUUAAAUCAGGUUUUCAUAAUGAAACUGAGAUGAGUUUCAUGGAGGAGAUCAGGCAGUGUUGGCACUUGUGAGCUGAAACGGGAAAAAUUCCUCGCUGCUUUUUGUCCGAGCUUUUCAAUUCCGUUUUAAUCAUGCUUUGGAAUCCUAUUCGUCAAAUUAAACAUGUUGAUAUUGUA